GCUGCGCAUGCGCACAGACCUGCAGCUCAGUGCGGCUCAUCAGGCACUUUCAUUCUGGUCCAAGAUGAAUAUCCUCACCGUCCUACCGUCCGACUUCGGAUAUGUCAUAUUUACUUACUUCUACAGCUGGAUUAUGCUCAGUUAUUUGGGCAUCAAGGUUGGGGCUGCCAGGAAGAAGUACGACGUGAAGUAUCCUACGAUGUACAGUGACAAGGAACAGGUCUUCAACUGUAUCCAGAGAGCCCAUCAGAAUACCCUGGAGGUUUACCCUCAGUGGCUCGUCUUCCAAACCAUUGCAGCCCUUGUUUAUCCGUUAUCUGCAUCUGUGCUGGGGUGUAUUUGGGUGACCAGCAAGUUUUCCUACGCCUGGGGCUACUACACAGGAGAUCCAGCGAAGAGGAUGAAGGGGGUUUAUGGCUACAUUGGAUAUUUUGGAGUCAUCUUUCUAUCCAUUUCUGUAGCUUUGCAGCUGCUCGGAGUCUUUUAAGAUGGUUGUCAACUUGUUUGCAAAUUUUCCUGUAGCAUUUUUAGAAAUAAUACUACAGUCUCAAUAUAGUUUAUUAAAUGCCGUUAUGGACCACUCAUAUAAAAAGAAUCAACAGAG